AUGUUGUCAAGUACACAACCUACUGAGACAAAUGGCGAUCCACCACCACCACCAGAAGAUGAAGAUAUUGAAGGUGUUGAUAUUGGUAAAAAACACAAACUAGGACAUUUACGUGUUGAUACACAAGGCAAUGUUACAUUUAAACGUUUGCCAAUAACACAACUUGUUGAAGCGUUACAAUUAGGUAUACAAUAUACAGUUGGUGGUCUACAAGCUAAAGCAGCACAUGAUGUACUCUAUCAAGAUUUUCUAACUGUUGAAAUAAUACAUUUUCCAAAAGAAGGAACAAAAACAACUCCAGCUCAUCGAUUCAAUGAUUUUACGAUACGGUCAUAUGCUCCUGUUGCAUUUAGACAUUUUAGAGAAUUAUUUAAUAUAAAGCCAGAUGAAUUUCUGUAUUCCAUAUGUAAACCAUUAAGAGAAUUAAAAAAUCCGGGCGCAAGUGGUAGUUUAUUUUAUUUAACAUCCGAUGAUGAAUUUAUAUUAAAAACAGUACAAAAAAAGGAGGCAGAAUUUUUAAAAUGUCUUCUCCCGGGUUAUUAUAUGAAUGUUACACAAAAUCCUCGUACUUUAUUACCAAAAUUUUUUGGUCUUUAUUGUUAUCAGGGCGAUAAUAAAAAUAUUCGUAUAACUGUAAUGAAUAAUUUAAUUCCAUCUCAUGUACAAAUGCAUGAAAAAUAUGAUCUGAAAGGUUCAACAUAUAAACGUCGUGCUAAUAGUGCAGAAAGAAAAAAAGAAUCUCCAACAUGGAAAGAUUUAGAUUUCAUGGAAAGACAUCCAGAUGGUUUACUACUUGAUACAGAAACUUAUAAUGCUCUUGCAAAAACUGUACAACGUGAUUGUCGAGUACUUGAAAGUUUUCGUAUUAUGGAUUAUUCAUUUCUAAUUGGUGUUCAUCAAGUUGAUACAGUAAAUGAUUCUGGAGGAGACCGUGCAACCGUAAAUGUUGCUUGUACACCUGGUGAGCAAACAUCUGUACAACCAAAACGAAUGAUGUAUUCAACUCCGAUGGAUACUAUUCAAGUUGAAUUUGAUGAACAUAACAAACCAGAUGAUCAUCUCGUUCGAACUGGUGGUCUUCCAGCUCGAACUGCUAGUGGUCAACGAUUAUUGCUCUAUGUUGGUAUAAUUGAUAUAUUACAAUCUUAUCAAAUACGUAAAAAAUUAGAACAUACAUUUAAAUCUGUUCUUACAGAUGGGACUCAAAUAUCCGUAACGAAUCCAAGUUUUUAUUCAGAAAGAUUUCAAAAAUUUCUCUUUACAAGCGUAUUUAAAAAAGCACCACCCUUAAGAGAAUCACCAGUUAAACGACGAUCAAGAAUAUCGAAAAUAAUUGCUGGAUCAGAACGAGAAAAAGAUACAUUAACAACACCGAUAACAAUUCGAAAUGAUCGAGGUGGUUUUCAUACAUCACCUAUACAAAGACGAUCUUUUGAAACAACACCAUUAAAUUCAAAUCAAUCAGAUACUAGUUCACCGAAAAUUAGUUUGAAUAAUAAACCUGAUCGUAGUAAUGUUCCAUCAUAUGCAAAUCAUACAAGUUCAAGUUCGAGUACAGGAACACGAACAACAAAUAGUCAAAUAACAUCCUAUUAUUCAUCAUCUCCAUCAACACAUAUUAAUACAUUCAUACGGAAACCAGAUGCCGAAUAUAAUAAACGUGAUAGUUCAACAACUCUCUAUUCAAGUUCACACCAAUCAGAUUCGCUAUACAACGAACCAACAAGACAAAAUUCAGCAAGAAUUUUAACAACAUCAUUUAAUAAACAAAUAAAAGCUAUACCUAUACCUAGUCCAGUCUAUACUAGACGAAUUCUAUUAACACCAACAAAAACUCGACAUUAUAGUAAUGCUGAUGAUGAUGAUAAUGCACCACGUCAGAUUUUAUUACCUAUUGGUGGAGGAAUUGUUGGCAAAUUAGCAUCAUCAACUACAAAUCUAUCAUACCGUAGCAGUUCAACGGAACAAUCACCAAUACAUCGUCCAUAUCGUCAUCCUUCAACAAGUGGUAUUGGCGAUGAACCGGUAUGUUUAAAUGAAAAAAAAACCCUAAAAUUAGUUAUCCUAUUUUCACCUUCAUCCAUUGCUCUUUAUCUAUCUAUAUUAUUUGGUGAUAUAAAAUAA